AUGGAGAAGCAGUCGAAUGAAAGCUCAAUCACAUCGAGUCCCACACACUCCCAGACUCAGGUGUCCAGGCUGCACUCGUUGCUCCAAUACUGUGUCAUUGCCCCAUGCCUUGUAUUAGCCGGGAUCUGCUUUUCUUCUUUCGGCUUCGCCGAUGCCAGACAAACUGGGUACACCCACGGAAGCUCCUACGCCGCGACACGCAAAGUUCCCUUCGAAGUACACAUCGAGAGCCGAUGCCCCGACGCCCGGGACUGUUUACAGAAGCUCGUAGCCCCUGCAUAUUGGCAAGUGGAGGAUAAGGUGGAUUUUAGAAUUAGCUACGUCGGAGAAGUCUGGGAAAAACCAAGAAGAGAGGUAACCUGCCAACACGGCAUGAACGAAUGUAAAGGCAACAAGUUGCUCGUUUGUUCUGAGAAACACGCAGACUCUAUCGGCGAUGCCCUGGAUUUCAAUACCUGCGUGCUAUCGGACUAUGAGCGGGUUCCGGACGAGGGAUUGAUCAAGGAGUGUGCGCAGGAGCAUAACAUUGAUUAUCAGCAAAUCAGUGAUUGUGCGAACCGUGAAGAAGGCCUGGAGCUUUUGAUUAGCAGCGUUGAGCGUAGCGUUGCUGUGAAUGCAAAUGCAAGUUGCACUGUUCGUGUGGACGAUAACGUGUGGUGCAGCCGGGACAACUAUGAAUGGAAGUGCCCGCCUGGUCGUGGUGUUGUUGAGAAUCUGGUCGAGGAGAUUAGGAAGUUGUCUGAGGAUGGGGAGGACAGCACUAGAUACCUGUAG